CUCGGUGGCGGCUGCGGCCCGGAAGUGUUUGUGAGUCCAUUAAAAGCCAGUGGACGGAGGCUAACUUUAGCGUUAGCUGUCAGCCGGGUUCAGUCAUUGUGCAGGAUGGAGCUGACACGGAAGAACUACAAGGGGUGUUUGAAGACGGUGUACAGCGCCAUAGAGGAGGCGGACUUUCUCGCCAUCGAUGGAGAGUUUUCAGGGAUAAGCGACGGUCCCAAUGUCAGUGCACUGACCAACGGACUGGACACGCCGGAGGAGCGGUACACCAAGCUCAAAAAGCACUCCAUGGACUUCCUGCUGUUCCAGUUUGGAUUAUGUACAUUCAAGUACGACCAAGCCAAGUCAAAGUAUAUCAUAAAGCCUUUUAAUUUCUAUGUAUUCCCGAAACCAUUCAACAGGACGUCCCCUGACAUAAAGUUCAUCUGUCAAAGUUCCAGCAUCGACUUUCUGGCCAGUCAGGGAUUUGACUUCAACAAGGUGUUCUGUCAUGGAAUCCCAUACUUAAACCAAGAGGAGGAAGCCCAGCUGAGGGAGCAGACAGAGGACAGGAGGAAUCAACACGCUAACGGCCUCGGGACACCGUCCUACAUCUCCCCAUCGUCCUCCAAAGGCCCCGCACAUGUACCUGAUGAACAUAAAGACUUCAUCAACAGGGUGGUAGAGAAAGUUGAGGCCCUCUUCACUAACUCAGAGAAGUCCGUUAACUUGGAGCCAUGCACAGGGUUUCAGAGAAAGCUGAUAUACCAGACCCUGAACUGGAAGUUUCCCAAGGGGCUUCAUGUGGAAACCGUGGAAACCGAAAAGAAAGAGCGAUUCAUCCAGGUCUGCAGAGUAGAUGAAGAGGAGAGGAAGAGGAGGGAGCAGCAGAAACUGGAGAGGGAGCAGGAGGAGCUAAACGAUGCCGUUGGAUUCUCCAGGGUCAUCCACGCCAUCUCUAAAUCUGGUAAACUUGUGGUUGGCCACAACAUGCUCUUGGAUGUGAUGCACACCAUCCACCAGUUCUACUGCCCUCUUCCAGAGGAUCUUCAAGACUUUAAAGAGGUCACAAUGUGCGUCUUCCCAAGACUAAUGGACACAAAGUUGAUGGCUUCUACUCAACCUUUUAAGGAUCUGAUCACUAACACGUCUCUGGCAGAGCUGGAGAAGCAGCUGAAGGAGACCCCCUUCAAGUCACCACAAGUUGAAACUGCAGAGGGGUACCCCAGUUACGACACAGCCCAGGAGCAGCUCCACGAGGCCGGGUAUGACGCCUACAUCACUGGCCUCUGUUUCGUCUCCAUGGCCAACUACCUGGGCUCUUUCUUGACUCCACCCAAAGCUCACAUCUCAGCUCGAUCCAAACUCAUUGAGCCAUUCCACAACAAGCUUUUCUUGAUGAGGAUAAUAGAUAUUCCCUACCUCAACAUCACAGGACCAGAUUUGCAGCCUAAAAGAGACCAUGUCCUCCACGUCACCUUCCCAAAAGAAUGGAAGACUAGUGACCUCUACCAGCUCUUUAGUGCCUUUGGGAACAUCCAGGUUUCAUGGAUAGAUGACACAUCGGCGUUUGUGUCCCUAAGUCAAACGGACCAGGUACAGAUCGCUAUGAACACCAGUCGCUAUGCAGAGAGUUACAGGAUCCAGACGUAUGCCGAGUACAUCCAGGGGAAGGAGAAGGACAAGGUCAGGCAAAGCAGCAGAACCUGGGGCGACGACAGCUGGGUGAAACCUCACUAUACCUCAUCCACUACUUGUGGUUUCGGAUAUUCCAGGGGUUUGCGGAAACGCAGCAUCAGUCCGGUUCAUGGAGAGCCAGGGAUCGGAGAUCUUCUGAUUACAGACGGCUGGAGUCACUAUUCAUACCCGGAUAGCAUGGGCAGCAAGAAGAUGAAAACUGAUGAUGCAAGUGGACAGGCAAAUGCUGACGCCGUUGAGAGCAAGACAUCAGAGGGGUGGCUGAAGACGACAGAUGCAGCCGAUUUAGCAGAGUUCAGUCCUGUCCCCGAUGAGGAGGAGGGAAAUCCUGAGGGCACCGAUCCAGCCAAUAAUGCUGAGGGGACGGUCACCUGGCAACAAGCCCCGGCAGCUAAUGCAAGGAAAGGUCAAAAGAAAAAGAAGGCUGAAGCGGCCGAAUCUUCAACUUCGCUGUUUGACGUCCCAGAUGUCUGGUAGCGAGAGGUGAGGAGCGGAGCAGCCAUGCUCCAGCACUGGGCUCCUCCUCAGGCUUCUCCUAAGCACUUGAGUCACUCUCCUGGAAGGUCGUAAGUCACCGGGAGUGGCCCUAAAUUCAUUUGUUCACUCAGAAGCUGCGGAUAACGGUUCCAAAGCCACCAGCCUAUCUUGAUUUGACUGGACUAUUUAAAA